AAGGCAAAGUAAGGGUGUCCUCGCAAAACACAAAGUUGGCAUUAAAACCCAACCUUGAAACUCGGCUGAUCCUUCGGAGCUCUACACAAAAUCAAAUGCCCAUUAUAUAUUAACUUCUAGUGUACUGUUGUGCGCAUAUAUAUUAUAUAUAGAAGUAGUAGUGUUGUUGCGAUAAUCGUCAAAAGAAAGAAUUAAGAAGGUGAUCAGAGAGAGAAAUUAGAGAAUGGAAGAGAGAAACAAUGAAACAACUGGUAAUGAUGUAGAAGAAGAAGAAGAAGAGGAAGAAGUAAUAUUUCCACUUCCAGGGUUUAGGUUUCAUCCAACAGACGAAGAACUUGUUGGAUUUUACUUGAAAAGAAAGGUUCAAAAUAACCCCAUUUCAACGGAACUCAUAAGGCAACUAGACAUCUACAAAUACGAUCCAUGGGAUCUUCCAAAGUUAGCAUGGACAGGAGAGAAGGAAUGGUAUUUUUACUGCCAAAGAGAUAGAAAAUACAGAAAUAGUGCGAGACCAAACAGAGUGACAUCAGUUGGGUUUUGGAAAGCUACUGGAACUGAUCGUCCUAUUUAUUCAAAUUCCAAAUCCAAAAGCACUAUUAUUGGUUUGAAGAAAUCUCUUGUGUUCUACACUGGGAGAGCUUGUAAAGCCAUCAAAACUGACUGGAUGAUGCACGAGUUUCGGCUUCCCCAGUCACCACCAAAUGAGUCAUGGGUGAUAUGUCGAAUCUUCAAAAAAACCAACAUUUCCGCAGCACAAAGAGCUGCUUCUUCUGCCAUACCAAAACAACAUGAAACAAUGAGAGAAAAACCCACCAGUACCACCAUAGAUAUUCCAUUAUCUACCUAUGAUCCAUUUCACUAUUUUGAAGCAAAGCUUCCUGACCUUUCUGUUCCGAGUGAACCCUUUAUAACGGCCCCUCCUCCCAUGGAAAUGUCCGACAUUGCAAAAUCCGCUAUCGAUGUUUCCUCCAUCCUCUUCAAUAUAUCCUCUUCCUUGCUUGAAGACAACCCCAACGACCCUUUCACAUCAUUAUUUCACUCUCACAGUCAUGGUCAUAGUCACGGUCACCCUCACCCUCACCCUGACACCUUUUCCUCGAUCUCGACUUUACUACAUCAACAAAAUGCAUCAUUGUUAGAGUAUUCACACUACCCCGAUUUACCAUUGAGUAAUUUGAAUUCCAUUUGGGACAAGUUGAUGAAUUAACAAUGUAUCUCAUUAAUUAUGAGAAAAUUUUUAGUACUACGAUAGUAUCAUAACACUUCUUUUUGAAACAAGUACUAUGUAGUACUCAAAAUUUUCUCAUGCAUUGAUUGUUUGGUUUCAUUUUGGUGUUGAAAUUGAAUAUGUUCUUCUUUUUCUUUGGACUAUGACUUGCACGUGAUUGCUUCACUUAAAGUACAUUGAAAGCCAUCAUAUACAUAUUCUUCAUCUUUUUUCUCUGUCUCUUCCUUUGUACGUCUUCCCACGUUAAACUUGCUUUGGAAUGCGAUUCCUUGUGCUGCGUUGAAUUUAAUAGAAAUUUAUUUAAUAUCCAAA